GUUCGUGGCCUCGAAAGCUCCCAACUUUUCUUUCAAUGAGAGUGGUUGGCAGCGGAAUGCAAGCAAAAUGCCAACUUUCCUCGAUCCUCAUUCCAGCAGCAACAUUUGGGUCGCCAUCGUCUAUCAACUUUCAAGCGUUUCUGCGUUCAUAUUUUGAUUUCGGCAUGCAAAUGGAAAAUGGGUAAACGGCGGCGAUACGUGCCCGCCGUUUCUCGAUGGAAGCUGAGGUCCGAGUUCCGACGUCUGCAUCUCCGUAAGUACCAUCUUUGAAUUUCUCACUUUCGGGCUAUGACUAUUCGUAUAAUGGUGCAUGAUAAAGAGAGUAUCUUUUUGGCGUUUUCUUAUAAUUCUUCCUGCCACUCAACUUAACUUACUGCAGAAAAAGCACCGAGGCAUAUUAGGACAAAGAAUUUUCAUUACAAAACACCCUAAUAAAAAGAAGAAGAAAAAAAAGAUUCGUCAUAACAAAACGUGUGGAAAUUGGUAGCAAAUAGAAUGUUGAGAGAGGGAUAAGAUUCUCUAUAUAAUUAGAGCCUUUCAUUGCAGUGUUUGCGUUUUGGUUGACUGUUGUGUUUUCUUCUUCUUCUUUUUCUUGCGCAGACUUGGUGGGUUUGGUUGGUGGUUUGAAUCUGGGGAAUAUUAGUGCUUGACGUGAGAAGGGCUGCAGCCUGGAGGGAUUUGAUGGGGGAAGUUUUUGGUGUUGUUCCCUUAUGGUUGAUCUUCUUGUUCCUGCAGCCAUUAUUACGGCUGCUUGCUAUGGGGAACUUGGAAGGUACUGCUCGUUUAUCUUUUGUUUUCGUCUAGUAUGUUAUGGGGGGCUUUCAAGUUAUUUGAUGUGUUUUCUCUGGCUGUUAAGCAUAGAAUUCUUUCUGAAAGUUCAGAACUUUUGGAUGACUUGAUCUUUCUACUUCAUAAUGCGAUGAUGGUUUCUGCAUCUGCUUUUCUGCUGCUUAAUUGAUGUGGUUAGUGGGGUGCUUACCUUUUAGUAAUGGCAUUGGAAUAUCUGUUAGUUGAUUUCUGUCUAUUCAUGCUCUGGAUUGUACUGCCAAGCUUUUGUUUGUUUCGACAUGUCCUUGGACUAUAUAAUGAAUGAUGGUUACUGGGUUCUGAAACACUGGGUAAGCCUUACAAAGUUAAGGGUGUACUGUUGAUGGCAUGUAGAUAAGACUCUAUUUCCAUUUGGCAGGAGUUAAAUAUGUUCGAAUGCAAAAUUAAUUGAUUGCUACUUGCUGGAGUCUGCACUUAAUUACUGUUGUCUUGCUUUGGAACAGUCGAUGCUUUGAGCCGCCUAAGGAACAACUUGCAUGAUCCGCGCCAUGUUCUGGACAGUUGGGAUCCUACCCUUGUGAGCCCCUGCACAUGGAUUCAUGUUGCAUGCAACAAUACUGAUCAAAGUGUCGUCAGACUGUGAGUCGGUUUCUUUCAGAUUUUAGCCCUUGGCAUUCAUCAACUAUGUAUGUACCUACUGUUUGCAGUCACACUUCUAUGUUAAUACCAAACAUCUCUGCUGAAGUAUAAUCUUGUCAAUCUUUCAGGGAUCUUGGGAAUGCUGGUUUGUCUGGUCAGCUUAUUCCCGAACUUGGGCUGCUUAAGAAUCUGGAAUACUUGUAAGUCAUGCAGCCUGAAUUGAGAAACACUAGUCAAAAUUUCCACUUGAUUGCCAAUAAAUGAGCUUGCUUGUAAUGGGUGCAUGAUUCCAGUUUGCACGUAGCUAGGAGUAUGAUGGUGCAUCUGCUAUCAAAAAGAUACUCGUGGGUCUCUUUUAGUAAUUUUUUUUUUCCCCUUUUCACCUUAUUUUGGCUACGCUAAGCAGUAAGCAGGCAUUUGUAUAUCUUGAAAUUGAGCCUACUUGGGCAGCAAUGUAGUAAAGGCUGCUUAAGCUGAAUUCACCAAAAUUUGAAUGUUUCUGCCAUAUGGUGCUUAAGCUGGUUACGGUAGGAACAGUCUCUUGUUAUCCGGCUCCCCAGGUUUCGUCUGCUUUAUUGAAUAGAUGUAAAGCGACUGCCAAGUCUUUGAGUGCAUCUUUAUGUUUCUCAUUAGCAUAUUUUCAGUUUAUCUUCAGACAUAUCUGCUCUUUUGAAAUUUUAUUCUGCAUGAACAACAGUCUUUCUAUUUUAUUUUUAACAGGGUAUUAUCUGACAAUAACAUUAGUGGUCCAAUUCCAAGUGAACUUGGGAAUUUGGCUAACUUGGUCACCCUGGAUCUUUACUUCAAUGAUCUCAAUGGCCCCAUACCAGAAUCAUUGAGCAAGCUGCCGAAACUGAAAUUCCUGUUAGACUACUUUCUCUAUUGUUCUAUAUAUUCGACAUCCUGUUAAUGCUUCCAUAUCUACUCAUCUCUAUCAACGGAACCAGGAUCAUGGAAAUUGAAACUGUUGCACCUAAUGUUUUUUUUUCUUUUCUUUUCUUUUUCCUUGCCUUGGCAAGAAUAGGCGGCUUAAUAACAACAGUUUGACAGGUUCGAUUCCCAUGUCGUUGACUAACCUUUCAUCAUUACAAGUUCUGGAUCUCUCAAAUAACCGUCUUUCUGGGUUGGUUCCAGAUAGAGGUUCCUUUUCAAAGUUCACUCCCAUAAGCUUUGAUAACAACUUGGAUCUCUGUGGGCCAGUUACUGGGAAUCCUUGCCCGGGUUCUCCUCCGUUUUCCCCACCUCCAUCUCCACUUGUUCCUCCAGCAUCAGAUUCUGUACCAGGAAGGAGUGGUGCUACUGGACCGAUAGCUGCUGGAGUUGCCGCUGGUGCAGCUUUGUUGUUUGCUGCUCCUGCAAUAGCACUUACUUGGUGGUGUCACAGGAAACCACAGGAUCUAUUCUUUGAUGUACCAGGAGAUGAUCCUGAAGUUCAGCUGGAACUGCUGAAGAGGUUUUCACUACGAGAUUUACAAGUUGCCACAGACACCUUUAGCAACAAACACAUUCUGGGUAGAGGAGGAUUCGGUAAAGUCUAUAAAGGUCGACUUGCAGAUGGCUCAUUGGUGGCGGUUAAAAGACUGAAGGAGGAUCACACACCAGGAGGAGAGUUUCAGUUUCAAACAGAGGUAGGGAUGAUAAGCUUGGCUGUCCAUCGCAAUCUCCUACGAUUAAUUGGAUUUUGCAUGACACCAACUGAAAGAUUGCUUGUGUAUCCCUACAUGGCAAAUGGAAGUGUUGCUUCGUGCUUGAGAGAACGAUCACCAUCACAACCUCCUCUUGACUGGCCAACUCGGAAGCGAAUUGCACUGGGAUCAGCUAGGGGCUUAUCUUAUUUGCAUGAUCAUUGCAAUCCAACGAUCAUUCAUCGUGAUGUAAAAGCCGCGAAUAUAUUGUUAGACGAGGAAUUUGAGGCUGUUGUUGGAGACUUUGGGUUAGCUAAAUUGAUGGACCGUGGGAAAACUCACGUCACUACUGCUGUCCGUGGUACGAUAGGCCAUAUAGCUCCCGAAUAUCUUUCUACUGGGAGAUCAACUGAAAAGAGUGAUGUUUUUGGGUACGGGAUCAUGCUUCUGGAGCUAAUCACUGGGCAGAAGCCAUUGAAUCUUGUUCGGCUUGCAUGUGACAACGACGCCAUGUUACUUGAUUGGGUAAAAGGACGUCUGAAUGAUAAACAACUGGAGUUGCUGGUGGAUCCCGAUCUUCAAAACAUCUACGUCGAGGCUGAAGUCGAGCAGCUAAUCCAGGUCGCUCUUCUCUGUAUGCAAGGUUCCCCAGUUGGCCGACCAAUGAUGUCAGAAGUGGUAAGAAUGUUACAGGGCGAUGAUGGUCUGGCUGAACGAUGGGAUGAGUGGCAAAAGGUGGUGGAAGUUGUACCACUUGAGGCAGCGGUGCACCUUAAUAAUGCUGCAGAUUUGGUAGUCACUGAAACCCUACAGGAAGACGAGCUAUCUGCCCCAAGCUUGCCAAUGGCGUCUUUCGUGAUCAAUGGAGCCCAGACGGUGUUUCCUUCCACUUCCUCCCUGCUAUCCAUCUACGCCUCCUUCUCCACCUUAUCCGUCCUCCUCCGCAACGCGUACCGCGAAUUCGUCCCCAGCUUCAUCGCCGACUACGUCUCCGGCAAGGUCCGGCGACUGUUCGCCAGACCCGACCCGAUCCAGCCGGACACCACCACGAUCAUCAUUGACAACAGCUGGAACUACGGUCCGUACGACCCGAACGAGCUCGUCGAGGCCGCCAGGUUCUACCUCUCCACCAAGAUCGGCCCGGAGAACAAGCAAUUCCGCGUCGGCAAGUUCCACAAGAAGAAGCGAUUCGCCACCGCGCUGGUCGGCGGGGAGACGGUGGUCGACGUGUUCGACGGCGAGGAGAUGGAGUGGCACCUGCCUCAUGCGAAAGGUAGACGGAUGAUCGGCCGGGCCGGAGGGAUCGCCGGACGGGGACUGAUCGGAGAAGGUGGUGGUGAUGCCGGUGAUGAUGAUAGCUACGGGAGUUCCGAUCUUUGCUACCGGCUGACGUUUCAGUCGCGGAACCGAGAGAAGGUGUUGAAUCGCUACCUCCGCCAUGUCUACCAGGUGUUCGAGGAAAUGUGUCCCGAGUUGCAGCUGUUCACGUGGUGUUGGUCCGAAUGUCUUCGCGCCGGGGGUUGGAGACCGAUGGAGUCGAGGCAUCCGAAGACGUUCGACACGAUCGCCAUGGACGGGGAGCUGAAGAGGAGCAUUGUGGAUGAUCUAGAGAGGUUUGUGGCGAGGAGGGAUUUCUACAAGAAGAAUGGGGAUCCUUGGAAGAGGGGUUACUUGCUGUACGGGCCACCUGGAACUGGGAAAUCGAGUGUUGUUGCUGCCAUGUCCAAUCACUUGAAGUUCAAUCUCUAUGUUAUGGAGCUGGGCAACAUUCGCUCUGAUUAUGAGCUGCGGCAUGCCCUGCUCUCCAUCCAGAACAAAUCGAUCGUUGUUUUCGAGGACAUCGACUGCUGCCCUGAGCUCCAUGCCAGAUCGGAAUUGAAUGGUGACGAUGAAUCAACUCAUCAGAAUGGCCGCACCAAUGAUGGUAGUCAUCUCAAGCUUAAGAACCCUGCAGCCAAGUUCACGCUCUCGACUAUGCUGAAUUGCAUCGAUGGGGUCUGGUCGAGCCACGGAGAAGAGAGGAUCAUAGUCUUCACCACGAACCACAAAGACGUUCUGGAUCCGGCACUGAUUCGGCCUGGAAGGAUGGAUAUGCAUAUUCACUUGUCGUAUUGUACCCCCGAGGCAUUCAGAAGCUUAGCCGCCAUCUAUCUGGAGGUGGAGCGAAAUCAUCCGUUGCUUGAAGAGAUUGACGAGCUGCUGCAGACUGUGGAUGUGACACCAGCAGCUUUGGCUGAGGAAUUGAGGAAAGGGAGUGAUGCGGAUGCCAUUCUUCAGCAAGUUGUUGAUUUCCUGAAUCAGAAGAAGUUGGGAAAAGGGGAAAAGAAGAACUUGAUGGGAGGCAGCAUAGACUCAAAGCCAGUAGUUUCAGUGGAUUUCACUACCUAGUUUAGUUCUGUGUUGUUGGUUAAUUCUUUUCUUUUAUGGUUAUCACUGGUAAUAGGGACCUCUGCAAGUAUCUUGCAGUAAACGUUUCGUGUUUCUUUCUUCUUGUCGGAUUCGAUAAAAUUACAGAGGGUAA